AUGCGGCCACCAUCAUUCCACCAUAUCGAUGUGCUCACUAGGUCAACAGGGGCAGCCCUGCUGUGCAGCUUAUGGACGGCGUGUCUGGGCUCCAGGAAAUCCGAGCUUUGCUCAGAGAUCCUGGCCUGGGUGAUCUUGCCGACUAUAUCUGGAAUGGCAAGACGACUCAAGACUAACAAGAUCCGCACGAGGUCCCCUUUGAGCGAACCAGACCUUCAGCCGCAGUCUGGAAAGUCGUUAUGGAUAGUUGCACUAGGGAUUGCCACUCUAGGUGUGUACCAAGCAGAGAACGGUUUGGUUGGUGUACUGCCCGUCUUAACUCCAUUGCUUCUGAUUGCAGAGAGGUAUCUGGGUUCUGAGUUUGGUGGCUCUGCGGGAUCCGAUCCACAGUAUUCUACUCCUUUAGUAGAUACCGUAUGGGGUACCGCUGUCGCUGCAUCGUUUCUUAUGAUUACUCUAGCAGAUUGGGGAUUUCAAGGUUAUCUGCUCUCCGCUAUUCCAGUGGCUGCAUUACUCGGUAUCUAUGUUACUCUGAUGCAUAGGCGAAACACUCGGUGCGUUCCUCUCCUGGAUAGUGAAGCCGCCAUCUGCCCCCUUGCGCUGCGUGUGGUGAGUCUGUUGGUCAUCGUAUUUGGUGCGGAGACGGUCGCCUUUGGCUUCCCCCGAAGCCAGCCUAUAGCAUCCAUCUUCAUGUUGGGGUCAGUAAAAGCUUCGGCUUGGUAUUUCUUCAUAGAUAUAACUCGAUAUUGUUCCUGGCGUACUGUUGUUGCCAUAAGACUGUUCGGUGUUAUAUCUACACGAAAUCUAUUGAUGCUCUCUUCGGAUGCUCAGGCUUUCUUACAUGUUAUAGCGUCGCUCCUGACCCUCGGCCAGGUUAUCUAUAUGCUCCCAGGGCAAGCAAAAUCCCGAUCGGCUCUCUGGGUGCUUUCCGUUGUACCUCUUAUCCCAUACCUUGUCGACACUCUUAGGGUUGCGCAGUCUCCAACAAUCUCUGGACAGCAUCCGAUCGAAGCUUUAAUCGACAAUGCCAGGAGAGACUUUGACACCCUACUCCAGAAGCAAUCCCAAGAUUACACGGUCGCUCAUAACGAAUAUCGGCGUCGAUACGGUAUAGAGCCGCCAGCCGGCUUUGAAGCCUGGUUUGAGUUUGCCAAACUGCAUCAAUCGCCGAUAAUUGAUGAAUUUGACAAUAUCUAUGAAGCUAUUUCACCAUUCUGGCAUUUAAACGGGCAAGAUAUUCGUGAUAUUAUGGAUGAUAUACAAAGCAUGCGUACGUCGCAUAGUGAAGUGUGGUUCUGUACAUUUUCUGGUCAACAGGCGAAGACUCACUGCAGUCAUCCGGGCCGCACUUUCGACAGACACAUACAAUCCUCAUUUGACCACCUUAUGAGCAGCUUGGCCGGUGUUCUUCCUGACGUCAAAUUUCUUAUCAAUCACCUCGAUGAGCCGAGAGUCCUGAUGCCACUACCGCGAGGACCAGAGAGCCUUCGCAGUAAACGCUUCAACUUGACCGAUCUGUCGAGGCGGUCGGUGUGGGAUACACUGACGAAAUAUUGCUCCUCCCGAGAAAUGAUGGCUACCCACACUGCGAAAAAGCCGACCCUCCCCUUCGUGACUGAUCCCGUGCUGGCCAUCGAUCUCUGCCAGCAUCCCGAGUAUAGCGCGAUGCAUGGUCUGACUAUCAGCCCCACAUCUUUUUAUCUAUUUGAGGGCGCAGUGCCGGUCCUCUCCACAGGUUCUCUGUCGACGAUGGGUGAUAUCCUAUAUCCCAGUCCAGCCUAUAACGAGGACGAGUUCAAAUAUACUGUAGAUACACCCGAUAUCGACUGGAAUAAAAAGCAGAACAAUCUCUACUGGGCAGGCUCUACUACGGGUGGCUUUGCUGUAGAUGAGAAGUGGCAGUACUUCCAUCGACAACGAUUUGUCCAGUUGGCGCAGAACCUCCAGCGACUUCAGUACUCCUAUCUCCAAGAAAAUGCCGGUAUAAUCAGCCCGGCAAUAUCGUCGUCAUUCAUUAACGGCCGAUUUUUUAAUGUUGCUUUUACUCGGAUAUUUCAAUGCGGGCGAAGAUCCUGUAGGGAUCAGCAUGCAUACUUUAAGAUAAAGUCGUGGGCAGAUAAAGACCAACCCCUUCGAUCACGGCUUGUGUUUGAUAUAGAUGGCAACGGUAUCAGCGGUCGGUACUAUAAACUUCUUGCUUCCAAGUCAGUUCCAUUGAAACAGACCCUGCUACGGGAGUGGCAUGAUGAACGGCUUAGGCCAUGGGUUCAUUAUGUUCCAGUUAGUCUAAGUAUGGAAGAGCUUCCUGAGAUCGUUCGGUACCUUACGUCCACUAAGACUGGGCAGAGAAGAGCUCAAGAAAUCGCGGAGCAAGGUCGUGACUGGUUUGCCAAAGCCUUCCGCGACGUUGACCUGACCAUAUAUAUGUACCGACUUAUGCUGGAGCUAGCCAGGUUACAAGAUCCGAACCGGCUGGUCACUUGA